GGGAAGAGCCUUGCGAGGGCUCUCGGCGGCGACGGCGGGGCAGCGUCGGCCUCCUGGGCGGCCCUGGGAGCGGGGAUGGCGCGUUGGCGCUUCUUGGCUGGGGGUACCAGAAGAUGUAGUUGCAACGGUGGAUCAUUUGGAUUGAAGAUAAUGAAACUAAUCAAGAACUGCACCGCUUAUCACCUUGUUUUGUGAGAGAUUUCCUGUAGCCUUUGAUAAAUCAAGUCAGCAGAAAAGGACUACUAAUCAUCAUGAAGCUGAAACAACGUGUGGUGCUUCUGGCAAUUCUCCUUGUCAUCUUUAUUUUCACAAAGGUUUUCCUCAUAGACAACUUGGACACAUCAGCAGCCAACCGUGAGGACCAGCGCGCCUUUCACCGUAUGAUGACAAGCCUACGGGUGGAACUAGACCCACGACUUGAUCACACACUGCAAUCUCCUUGGGAAAUUGCAGCCCAGUGGGUGGUGCCACGUGAAGUGUACCCGGAGGAAACACCAGAACUGGGGGCAGUGAUGCAUGCCAUGGCUACCAAGAAGAUAAUCAAAGCAGAUGUGGGCUAUAAGGGCACCCAGUUGAAAGCACUACUUAUACUGGAAGGUGGACAGAAAGUAGUCUUCAAACCUAAGAGAUAUCCCAGAGACUAUGUAAUAGAAGGAGAGCCAUAUGCUGGCUAUGACAGGCAUAAUGCAGAGGUGGCAGCCUUCCAUCUGGACAGAAUCUUAGGUUUCCGGCGAGCCCCACUCGUGGUUGGUAGGUUCGUGAACCUCCGCACAGAGAUCAAACCUGUUGCCACAGAACAGUUGCUUAGUACUUUCAUGACUUUAGGUAAUAACACUUGCUUCUAUGGGAAGUGCUACUACUGCCGGGAAACAGAGCCAGCCUGUGCUGAAGGAGAUUCCAUGGAGGGAUCACUCACUCUCUGGCUGCCAGAUGUAUGGCCUCUUCAGAAACAUCGGCAUCCAUGGGGCAGGACGUACAGGGAGGGCAAGUUAGCCAGAUGGGAAUACGAUGAGAGUUACUGUGAUGCUGUGAAGAAGACCUCACCCUAUGAUUCAGGCCCACGGCUUCUUGACAUCAUUGAUACAGCCAUAUUUGAUUAUCUGAUUGGGAAUGCUGACCGACAUCAUUAUGAAAGUUUUCAGGAUGAUGAAGGGGCCAGUAUGCUUAUUCUACUUGACAAUGCCAAAAGUUUUGGAAAUCCUUCCCUGGAUGAGAGAAGCAUUCUUGCACCUCUUUAUCAGUGCUGCAUUAUCAGAGUCUCCACUUGGAACAGGUUGAACUAUUUGAAGAAUGGAGUCCUGAAGUCUGCCUUAAAAACUGCUAUGUCUCAUGACCCUAUCUCACCUGUGUUGUCUACCCCCCAUAUGGAUGCCCUGGACCAACGACUUCUGAACAUCUUAGCUACAGUAAAGCAAUGUACAGAUCAAUUUGGGCCAGAUAUUGUGCUAGUGGAAGAUAGAAUGACACUUUCCCAUUUGUAGCUUUAACAGAAACUGAUGGGGAUUGUUUUUUAAAGUAAUAAUAGAAAACAGCACAAUUGGUUCUGCAUGGCUAUGGGCAGGAUGAACUGGAAUUAAUUUCUGCAUCAGAAGAGGAAACAAUUGUAGCUUGAAAGCUCUGUUGAAGACAAGGAAGAUGCCCUUGGGUAGCCCUGUAUCAUUUUUUUGGAUUCCAUUGCUGGCAGUGGAUGUUGCACUGAGAGCUCUCCUGGGAUUCCCUGAAAAGAGAUGGGUAUUGGACAAUAAUACACACCUGUUCCAGAAAAGAUCUUAAUCUCCUAGCCAAUUCCAAGUACAAUCUUAAUAUUUCAGUCUAAUCCAGGGUUUUAAAGAAUAGGCUAUCUAAGGCAUCCAUAUUGGCUACCUAAAAAAAGAAGAGUGAUGGAGUGGCAGGGCAAAUGUGAUGUUCAAGAGAUUUACUGUCUCUCCUGAUAGAUACACACCCAGGCAUCUUUUGCUGGAAUUUCCUAAAGAACUCUAUAAGGGGAUGUAUAAUUGUCUUCAGUGUUCCAUUAAAUCCAAAACUGCUGAAGGAGAAGGACUGUUCUAGAUUACUGUUGAAAUCUGUUCUCCAUUUACAAGGCUGAAACGAUUCAGGCUUGCAUGAUGCUGCAAAGUCCUCACCAGAGAUUAUUGUGCAAGUCAUUGUGUUCUCAAAUGUAAGGGUUCUUGCUGCCUUGAGCCCAAUAGUUCUCCUAAAAAGCGGAGAUUGAGCCAGUCCUUUAUGUCUUGUCAGUGUUGUAGAUUUCAAAAAACAAACAGGGUUUGUUGCUAAACUUCUGAUCUAAACUGAGAAUCUGGAAGACGUGAUGAGUGCCUGAAGAAGAAAAAAAGUGUGUUCUCUCUACUGUAAGGCAGUUGCAGGUGCUACGCUGUCAGGCUUUCUUGGGAUAGUCUGUCAUUUUCAAGGCCUGAGCUGAAUUGAAGAUAUUUAGCUGGCACAUCUUUUUCUUUUUGUUCCUUUUAAUCCAAGCUGUGAUCCCCUGGCUUUGUGACCAUUAGCUUGAAUUGUAAUUUGUAUUUGUAGCUUCAGGAAAUUUAUGUAUCUGUUUUAAUUCAUGCACCUGAUAGUCCUGCCAAAGAUAUUGGAGGGAAAUGUGUGGAAAAUUAUUCUGUGUGUUAACUCCAAUGUUUAAUGCCCUGAAUCAUUAUUCACCAAACUGUAUUGGAAAUCUCAAAGAUCUUCUGUGAUAGAUGAUGUUUCUGAUAGCUAUAUCUGGGAUGUCAGUUAACUGAAAUUUAAGGACAGGAUCCAGAUGUUUGCCGGUCAGCUCUAAUAGUUUUUUAAAAUCAGUUUGGAGAGACUUCCUCUAUCAGAAAGAGAACCUAAUGCCCACAGGUACAAAAAGUAACAUUAUUUUUGCAUCUAUUUCCAUAACUUUCCUUACACUACAGCAAUUUUUAAGGCUUGUGUUUUCAGCCUGUGCCAGUAAUUGUCUUAAGAUGGUUGCCUAAACUAUAGGUUGGCUUAAUGCCAAAUCCUAUUGAUAGUAAGUUAUUUCUAUUUUAACAAAAAUAAUUUUCAAAAUAAGUUUGUUUCUGUCAGGCUGGUUCAGCUAAGUAUCUCAUAUUACAGUAACAGUAAUUUGAUAUCAGUUAACAGUUGCUAUUAUGAGGGUCACCAGCUUCAAACUUUUUAUUGAAUAUUACCUGACCAGGUCAACUGCUAAGAUGAGAUUUUUGUGGAUGCAUGAUAAGUGUGCAAUCACAAUGAGUCUGCAUCUGGCAGAAGCUGUCAGAAAGGAAAACAUCUUGCUAGUCGUUUGAGACUCUCAGAAUAUCUUCAUAUUUCCUUUAGUGCUGUCUUAAAGAUAAAGAAAAUGGAAGAGGUACCCCAUGCUUGAACAGACAAGUAGGCUGUCUUGCAUCUGAAGAACUGGAACUGUUGCUAAAAAAGAAAAUAAAUAAAUUAUUAAGAACUUAUUUGUGCGGCAGCUGAAAGAAAAUGUUUAUCUUGAAGCUGCCAGAGGCUUGCCUUUUGGAGUGGUUACGAGUAGAAGCUGUUGGGAAAAGAGAAAAAGUAUCUCAGUUGUGUGUUUCCCAAGGGUCAGGCUAUGCAUAGAUAAGUAUUAUGUGAAUAAAGAUUUUAAUGACAUGA